AUGAAUAUUACGCUACAGCUGAACGCUGACUCUCUUCCUCACAGAUCCAACAAGAAUCAGUCAGUGGUGAUCACCGGCGAGAGCGGCUCCGGGAAGACCGUGUCGGCCAAACAUGUGAUGCGCUACCUGGCUCACGCGUGCAGCGGUGCAGUCAAGUCGAGGCGAAAUCGUAGCGACGUCGAGGACAAGGUUCUGGCUAGCAAUCCGAUCUUAGAAGCUUUUGGAAACGCGGCGACGAUCAGAAAUGACAACAGUUCUCGAUUUGGAAAGUUUGUACAAAUCAUGUUCGCCGAUGAGUACUUCAUUACCGGCGCCUUCAUCGAAACGUACCUCCUGGAACGGAGUCGAGUAGUGUAUCAGGCACAAGAUGAGCGCAAUUAUCACAUAUUUUAUCAGCUUUGUGCCGCAAGAAACAAAGAGCCGAUGCUUGAGAAGUUGCAGUUGCGUAAGUUGCAACGGUGUUGGUGGUCAGUACGGUUUAUUGCGGUGCCGGUUGUAGUUCCCUCAGCAGAUUUUUACUACCUCAACCAAGGCAGAAAGUCGUCAAAUGGCGUGGCUGACGAUCUGAUGAUUUUUCACGAGACUCAUGAAGCAUUUCUGCAGUUAGGAUUUGAGAAGGACACAAUGCGACAAAUUUACGUUGUAUUAGCGGCGAUUCUUCACCUGGGCAACGUGGCUUUCACGGAGUCAUCGUCGACACCGGACGUCGCCGAUAUUCGACCGGACUCUGUGCAAAAUUUGGAGAUGUUUUCCACCUUGCUGAAGAUAGACAACGUUAAGCUGAAUCACUGGCUAUGCAACCGCCUGCUACACGCUGGAGGUGAAAAAUUGACAAAGGGACUAACUAUUGAAGAAGCGAAAGCAGCCAGAGAUGCCACUUCCAAGCAUAUUUACGCUAGUUUGUUCGUCUGGAUUGUCCAGCAGAUCAACAACUGCCUGACCGCCGGCACUAAUAAAACUUUACAACGGAACAUCGGAAUACUAGACAUAUAUGGAUUCGAGAUCUUCGAUGAAAACAGUUUCGAGCAAUUAUGCGUCAACUACGCCAACGAAAUACUGCAGCAACAAUUUAAUCAGCAUGUGUUUAAACUGGAGCAGGAGGAGUACGUUCGGGAAGGCCUUGAAUGGUCAUUCAUAAGCUUCGUCGAUAACCAGCCGUGCCUGGAUCUACUCGAAGGACGCCUCGGCAUAUUCGAUCUGCUUGACCAGGAAUGCAGGGUAGGUCGUACACACGAAGUGACCCCUACUGCAUUUCUGUGUAAAUGGCAAAACUUUCAGUUAACAACAUGUAACGACGAAAAUUGGCUGAACAUCAUGAUUAAUUCCAAGACUUGUAAUCGUUCCGAGCACUUUUCUUUUCCGUUGGUACGCAGCCAGCAGAAGAACUUUAUCGUACGCCAUUAUGCGUCCCCUGUCACCUACCUCGUCAGUGGCUUCACGGCAAAAAAUCUCGACACCAUCAACCUGGAGCACAUAAAUCUUUUGAAAAGCAGCAAACUACCUCUGAUCAGUCAAAUUUUGCUCGACGAUUGCGCUAAGGUGCGGCCCAAGUCCGAAGUGUCGAAGUCACGCAACCUUAAGCAUACUGUAGCCUUUCAGGUACGACUGGUGUUUCGGUACCCUGCUUCAUACAUUGGCAUUCGAUUGUCCUCAUUUCAGUUCAGACAGUCGUUGCGGGACUUGAAGAAGAUCCUUGACUCGACAAUGCCUCAUUACGUCCGAUGCAUCAAACCGAACGACCACAAGUUGUCGUUGACGUAUCAAAUCCGUCGAGCCUCUGAACAACUCAAUGCAUGCGGCGUUCUAGAAACAAUUCGAAUAUCCGCUGCCGGAUAUCCGUCAAGGUUUGCCAAACUCUCUUAUACGCUAUAAAA